AUGAACGAUCAUGAGAUCUUCCGUCAUCUUGCUACAUACCCUUUCACCUCCGCAACAUUGAAGAUGUUGCAAUGCGCUUUGCGGGUCAUUCAGAAGCGUUACCCGCUCGCCUCUCUUCAAAAUGCAGGGGAGGAAGUCUCAGAAUACCCGCCGCAGGAAGCUUUCGAGCAAACAGAAGUGCCACUACAUGUCACCGGCGAAUGGAUCAACUUGAUGAAGAUUGUGGCCGAUUCCAUCGACACCCCAGAACAAAGAGUGUCGUUGUCGUUGCGACUUUUCGCUAGAGGCGAGCAAGCAGAGGUCGAUAUGAUUGCGGAGUAUCUUCGCUUAUUACGGCCGGCUUAUCCGUCUUUCCACUUUAGUGAUCCAGUAAUCUUCACGUCUGACGAUACAGAAAUAGCUGCGAGGCUCUGCGGGACUCUUGACGCUACCACGCUCAUCUCAUGCAAUUAUGAUGGGGCGUGGUUCGCGGCCGUUGCUUACGCAGAUUGCGUGCAGCUAUAUGGAGCACAGGCCGAAAGCAGCUCGAAACUGGGGCAACAGGCCCAAACCUUGUUCCCUGGCCGUACGAUCUGUUUCUCCGAGCCACUUGUCACGACGCCGGACAAGGACACCGGAGCAUUGAUGUUAUUGAGCUUGCGAAUGCUGGCCGGUGGAGGCGUGCCGACAAUGUGUGCCGACGCCGCCUCCUUGGAAAAUUUGCGAGCACGAAUAUGCAUAGAGCUUUUGACCCAGAACCUGGAUGCAAGGGACGCUGAUGUUUCCGAGCGGCUUCAGCAAGUGCAACUAGAACACUCUGCCUUUUUCGACGAAGCGUUCAUACACGAAGACAAUUCGCCGUCGCCAGUCGGCUCCACUUUCACAGCUGACAUGGGAAGUGGCAUCGGUCCGUCUACGUUCGGUGUCUCUCCCUCGCCAUCUCGGCUAUUUUCGCCCGUCGGAGAAGGGCCUCCUUCAGCAGGAAGAGGUUCAAGCGAGACUCCUCAUACCGGCCUUGUUUUUGGCACGAGAAUUCAUGGAGUUUCACACUCAAAAUCACCUCCCAUGCCGCCCCCCAUGCCAGAGGAAUGCAGAGUCAUUCUCGGUAUGCUCAGCGGGGCCGUGGCCUUUUACCGGAGCUCUCGCCUCGGCUCCAAGAGCGAGUUCUACCGCCGCUACAUGGGUUUGCUGUUCUAUGAGAAGAUGGUCCGCCUCAGCAGCGAUCAAGAGGUUGCCCUACAGAUGAGGCGUCACCAGUCGGACUUUCAGAUCUGGCACGACAUUUGUGAUUUGCGCCGCGACUGGGGGCCGGGUCGAUUUGUGCUUCUUUGUGCGCUGCCAGAGAGCUUCCAGGUAGGGCGAGGAAGCAGAACGGAGCAGCAAGUGCAGCUCAGAAGAGUCUGUAAACGGCUUAAAGAUGACCGCGACCCCCUAUCGGGAUAUCUGGACGCUGCUAAAGAGCUGUGUGCUGCUUUAGUUGGCGUAAAACUCCCAUGCGAAAGAUUGAUGAUCGAUGAUUACCACCUCAAGGCAUACCAAGACAUGUCGGAGCCGGAGUUUGCUGCUUACAUGAGCCUCAGUCCCCGACCAGUCAUACCGAUAUCAAGGUGGGGAGCCCAUUAG